AUGAGGUUCUCUUUGCAUCAUGGCCACAUAAAACAGGGCCUGCGCAGCUCUGGGGCGCGCAACUUCCACUCAUCGUCACGAUGCUUCCCGUCCACUCAGUCCCUCUUCACCACCAUCCUGCAUCGACCGCGAUCUCGGGCCUCGCACGAGAGCUCAUCGUUACACGCAUGCGGAACCACACCUUCUCGGUCUCACUCAGGAUGUGGUUGCCGCCCGGCCGCAAGCCAAACGAAGACCGCCUACAUCGCUCUCGGGAGCAACCUCGGAGACCGCAUAUCCGAGAUCGAAAAGGCGUGCAAUGAGAUGAACAGGCGGGGCAUCCGCGUUAAGCGGACAAGCAGUCUCUGGGAAACCGAGCCCAUGUAUGUGACGGACCAGGACCGCUUCCUCAAUGGUGCUUGCGAGGUUGAGACUGAACUGGAACCCCUAAAGCUGCUGGAUGAGCUACAAGCCAUUGAGCGGGAUAUGGGCCGAAAGAAACUCAUUGACAAAGGCCCGCGGAACAUUGACCUGGAUAUCUUGAUCUAUGGGGAUGAAAAGGUUGAGAACGAGAGACUCAACGUGCCUCACAUCGGCAUACCCGAGCGCGAGUUUGUUCUGAGGCCCCUAGCAGAAUUGAUCCCGUCAAAACCUCUUUAUGCAUCGCAACCGUGGAAGCUCGUUCAAGACUAUCUCAAUGACCUUACUCCUGGCGAACCUCUAGCAUCCAUUACUCCGAUAUCAUCCACACUACCACCACUUACGCCUCUCGUACACAACAGAAAGACCAAUGUCAUGGGAAUUCUAAACAUGACGCCUGAUUCAUUCUCCGACGGUGGACGUCACAGCAUGGAAAGCCUGUCAAACACCGUCAAAGACCUGGUCCGCAACGGAGCCUCCAUCAUCGAUGUGGGCGGACAGUCGACGGCCCCUGGCCGCCCCGAGGUCUCGGCAGAAGAAGAAGUUGCUCGAGUGGUGCCCGCCAUCGAGCUCAUACGGUCUCUGCCAGAAACUCGCCAUGUUGCCAUCAGCGUCGACACCUAUCGCGCCUCAGUCGCCGAACAGGCCAUUGCCGUGGGAGCCGACAUUGUCAACGACGUCUCCGCCGGACUGCUAGACGCCGACAUGCUACCGACCGUCGGAAGGCUGGGCAAGACGAUUUGCCUGAUGCACAUGCGCGGCAACCCGCAGACCAUGACGAAGCUCACCUCGUAUCCAGACGGCCUGGUGCCGACCGUUGCCGCCGAGCUUCUCGCGCGGGUGGCCGCAGCUGAAGCAGCAGGCAUCCGAAGAUGGCGCAUCAUCCUCGAUCCAGGCAUCGGAUUCGCCAAGACGGGCGCUCAAAACUUGGAGCUGCUGCGGCGACUGGAGGAGCUCCGGGCUUGGCCUGGCUUGCAGGGCCUGCCGUGGCUCGUUGGGACGAGUCGCAAGAGCUUCAUUGGCAAGAUUACGGGCGUGGAAGAGGCCUCGCAGAGGGCUUGGGGCACGGCGGCAACGGUGGCGGCGGCGGUUCAGGGGGGAGCGGAUGUCAUACGUGUUCACGAUGUUCGCGAAAUGGCCUUGGUGGCUACCAUGUCUGAUGCCAUAUGGAGGGCUUGA